GGGGGUUUUUGGUUCAGGUUUAGUCUUGACUAAGCUCCAAAGUGGACCGGUUGGGCUUCAAGACUUAACUUUUUUUUUUUUUUUGAACAUUUUUGGUUAGUGAGGGUGGACUAAAAGAGUGUUGUGGUGAAGAUCAACAGAGAUUUUUGUCAAGGUUUGUUGUCACUUUCGCUCGUUUUUGGUAAGAAUUUCUCAAAAUGCCCGGGAGAAGGAGGAAAAGUAAGGAUUUUACGCAAUGCUACUUCACUCCGCCCGAUGAUGAGGAAGGCGAUGCCUCCUCGGGCGCAGAAGAGCAAGAAGAAACAGAAAAAAAUGAACCAUCAAGUAUUGCAGAAACCCUUGAACAAAGUAAAGAACGUCUUCGUGUACUGCAAGCCCCUUGGCAAACAGAAAUAGAGGCUAUUGCAAAGCGUAAAAGAGUGAUUAAAGAACUUAUUAGAAGACACGACAAAGCACGCAAAGACUUUUUAAGCAGAUUCAACAGAUUAUAUCCCGAAUAUCGCGUGGAUCCGAGGGCGAAUCACUCAAUAACUCACUUGAAGUAUUAUAAAAGACAAAUUCGUUCUCUUUUAGGUGAUCAAUAUUAUCGCAACAUGCAUGAGCCAUCGAGUGUAUGGAUGGAUCCGCUGGAUAUGGCCAUGGAUCUGGAACCAGAGAGAAGACCACGAGUGGAUGAACCAUUAUAUAUGGAUUUUUUUGGUCGCGACCAGUAUGGAUUGUAUCACCCACACUACAAGGGGGAUGUCGGCGUGGGUAUCAUAUAUCCUGUCAAACUGAGAGGCAGACCUAGAGCGAGCUCUCCUUACGCCUAUGACAGCAGUGGAUCUCAUCAGGGUCCUUUUAGGGUUCCUCAAGCACCUGCUAGAGGUAGAAAGAGAAAAAAAACGGAAAAAGAAAAGAACCCCCUGAGAAACAAGCCAUAUAAAGCAUAUAUUCAUUUCCCCAUAGAGAGCACAGGUCCUGAGAAAGUUGACGACUUCUGGAACAGACCAUCAACAUCUGGAACCAGCAAUCAGCAUAAUAUCCAACACGUCCACGAAAUGUUCUGUGGACAUUGCCACACUGUGCCGUCACAAUCAAAAGAAUCUGUUUCAGCAACUGAUAAUCGUCAAGAUAAUGGACAGCCGUCAGCUACUGUUACUAGCCAAGAAGCUCUUCAGCAACCUGAUGUGAACCAAGUCAUCCCUCUGGAACUUCAGGAACCGGUUAUCAGUUGGCCUCCAAUCCAGCCAUUUGAAGGGAUAACACCUCUUGGCGUCCAUAGAUCUUCAGGGGUAUGGGAUUUCGAAAAUGAUCUAAUUAACACUGGGUGGCUCACCUCAAACAGUCGUGUUAUAGAAAAUCCUCAACCUGAAGCGUCUACAUCCCAAGGGACUAAUGAUAAUGGGUUGCAAAUACUUCGUUAUUGUGAAGAGGAGGGAGCUUACAUGAACGAUGAUUUUAAAGUUUUCUUAAAGAGAGAGCCGAAUGAAGCUAUUGAAGUUGACGAUGAGUCAGAGAAUAAAGCUGAGUUCGUCGGAGAAGUACAUUACGAACCUGGAGAAGAACCGAAUAGAGUUUUAGAUAACAUUAAAUAUGAGGCAGACGACACUGAGCAUCAGUCAGGAUAUGAAAUCAAAAAAGAGCCGGAAGAUGACUUCCUAAUGGAGUUGGUCAAAAUUGAACAAGAGCUAGAGGAUCCGGUCCCAUUAGACCUUUUCAAAGUUAAAGUCGAGGUCAAGCAAGAGCCUGUUGAUGAACCAAAAGUAAUUAUCAAAAACGAGCCGGAAAAUGAAAACGAGCAACCAGAGACACCAGAAUUCAAAUUUGAGGAUUUGGGAAUUGAUGUUGAUAAUGAGGAGGAUCUUGACGAAGAUCAGCAGAAAGAAUAUCAAGCUUAUAUAGAAAUGUAUGACCCUUCCAACUUGGAUACCCCACGUCAAGCUGAAGAAGAAGAAGAGCAAAAAGUAGUGACUCCUCCUGUUGAAACUCCUGAGGAACCAAAAGUUCAGGAAGAAGUCGUGGGUCAGUCUGAAGAAACCAACUCUGGAUUAGGAUCACGCAAGCGUAAAAGAGGCAGAAAGCCAAAGAGGGAACCCACCCUGCUGGAGUUGGAAUGUCGCCCAAACACUCGAAGCAGAGCAAGGGAGAUUCACGCGCAAGCUCUAUCAAACUUAUUUGCAAAGGUGCGGCGCUAAUUGCGGAAUUUACGUUUUAAAUUAAUUUUAAGGUUAAGUUUGUGGCUUUACGCACAGUAUUAUUUUAAUCAUUUUUUUUUAUUUAUAUAUUUUAUACUUUUAAUGGGGUUUUUAUUUUUAUUAUUUUUAUAGAUUUACUUUUAUUUUUUGUUAUUAUUUAGAGGAUUUUAUACACAAUGCGUGUGUUUUUUGCGAUUGUAGUUUAACUCUCCCUGGAAUUAAAUGAGAUUUAAUUCCAGGGAGUUUAACUGCCUAAAAUUAAAAUCCAGAUAUUUAAACAUGCAUGCUUGAAUUGGUUGUGAGUCUAAAUUUCAGACAGAAUAAUUCAUGGCUUAACUUUCUUAAUUUAUUUUAAAGGACAACACUAUCCGUGAAAUAAAAAUUAGUUUCAGGUUUAACUGCCUGGAAAUUAAAUUUAUAGGCAAAGAAUUUCAGUAGUAAGCUCUAUGCUAGGUCGCGAAAAAAACAUGGCUGUUUAAAUUGUUACUAAUUCCAGGCAUUUAUAAUUUAACUCUCUGGAAUUAAAAAAAAAUAAUUCUAGAGGGUUAAAUUGUCUGAAAUUAAAAUUUAGAUGCAUCGAAAACUAAAUCAACAACUUGCGUUGCCUGGGAGUUUAAUUUCAGACGAAACUCGAUUUCCUAUUUGUCACCUCUUUUGAUUCGUUUAAAUCGGAAAUAAAAACUAAUUUUUCCUAGAUAGUUUAACUGCCUGAAAAAUGUCUGAAAUUAAAUUUAAAAAAAGGUCAAUAAUUACGUUGACAGCUGUCAAAAAAAGUUUUUUUUAAUAGUAUUAUAGUUUUAUUGGGGUUUUUAGUUUUAGAGUUUAAUUACUUUUUUAGAUUUAAUUUUAUUCAUGGUUUUUUAUUCAGGAUGAGUGUAUUUUUUAGUAUUCCUAUAACAGAUACAAGAAGGUUUAAUCCUUAUGUGACUGGAAAGGUACCCGGGUACCUUUUCAGUUUUCAGAUAUGAAUAUCUUUUUAACUCACCUUCGAUGAAGCUUGUACUUUUGUGACUUUUCUUAAUUUGAUUUUUUUAAGUUAUUGUUAAAAUUCGAAAUAAUUUUUUUUUUCAAAGUAAACAAGGCGUAAAAAAUUUUCACCCAUAGUUGACUGGAUGGUUACCCGAGUACGUUUAUAAUACUAAUAAAAUUUUUAAGAGUUAAAUUCAUCAAGUCAUAGAAAAUUACAGUGAAGUACAAAUUAACGCAACAUAGCAAACAAACACUAAAAAACAUUACUUAUGAAUUACAGUUUUGACAAAUAGUUUGAGCCACUGAAUGCUCAUUACAAACUGGUUUGGAGCACGAUUUACAGGCUUUACGAGUUUUUCUCUGUUUAUGGGUUCGCUCUCGGCAUAUUUGGCAACUACCAACCACCUUUACACGUCCAGAUGCAUCUCGUUCACAAACUGUUUGUUCUCUAACUGGAUUAUCUAAAGGAACAGGCAUUCGUCGGUGAAGUACCAUUUCUAUAGCCUGACGAGUAAAAUGAAUACCAACAAAUUUUGGAAUUUGGGAUCUUAUUUGGAUACUUGACAAACACAGCUCAUUACUCACAGCUUAACUCAGAACACAACUUAUUCCUCCGUAACUCUAUUCCCGUUUUAGAAUCAGGGUACACAUUUCUGGGGAUAUAAUAGUUUUGAAAAUGUCUUUGGGUGUAUAUAAACGACUUAAGGCUGGUGCACCACUUUUUUCACGCAAAAUAUUUCGACCUACCGUUUGUCGUUGUGGUGUAAGUGAGUCAUUCCACUGACUGCCAUCUUUACUAGUCCAAUGGAAUUGUAACGUCAUCAUCAUCAUCAGACUCCGAAUCUAACCUCUUAUAUAUAUAUACUAUAACUCCUCUUCAUCAGAAGCAAUAAAUGGCUCUUCUUCUUCAUCACUUAGUUGUUCGAAGGCUUCUUCUAAUUCCGAAUAGGUCAACCUGUUAUAAUAUUCCAUCUUCAAAUUGUCAUCUUCCUCUUGCACUAUCGCUUCGACUAGGACCGGCUUCACUAUCCGACAUUUUAACGUAUAAAAAAUACUUUAGAUUUAACCUAAUUCAAACUCUACUCAAGUAGGUACAACGCGUUACUGACGAAUAUGAACAACUCUUCUUCUUGUGCAAAAACAUAAACAGUCCGAGGCGCCAGAGAUAGGGAAAAACCCAUAAAGAUGUGCAUGUUUAUAGGGUAGAAAUUCACAGAAAAAGCCACGGCUCUAUAUAAAAUACAUAGUAGGUACCCGGGUAGCCACGCCGUCCUUAGAAGGUGCUUUUUUCCCAGUCACAUAAGGGUUAAAUAGACAAAGAUUUUUUUUAAUUCCAGGCGAUUAUAGUUUAACUCUCUUGAAUUAAAAAAAAAUUAAAUACAGAGAGUUGAACUGCUUGAAAUUAAAAUCCAGAUAUUUAAACAUUAAAUCAAUAGCUUUUAAAUUGCAAAAAAAUUGUGACCUAAAUUUCUUAAUUUAUUUAAAAGAAAAAUACGUUACUUAAAAUAAAAAUUAGUUAACUGCCUGGAAAAUGACUGAAAUUUAAUUUAUAGGCAAAUAAUUGCAGUUCUAAGGCUGUCUGCAUGUUUUUAAUUCUAGGCAAUUAUAGUUUAACUCUCUAGAAUUAAAAGAAAUUAUUUAAACGAAUAAUUAAAUUUCAUUUAAUUCCAAGGAGUUAAACUACCUAAAAUUAAAAUCCAGAUAUUUCAACAUGCCUGAAAAAUUAAAUUAAUGGAUUCAAUGAAUAUGAGAGUCAAUCAAUUUCCUUAACAAAAAUUAAUUCAUUCUUACCUGAAAUGACAAUUAUAAUAUAUUAUAAUUUUAUAUUAUAUUUUUUAUUUUAUUUAUAUUAUAAUUAUAGUUCCUGGCUUAAAUUUAAAAAAAAAAUAUUUAUGACUCAUUUGCCUGAAAUAAUUAAGAAUUUUACAGCUAUAAAAAAGGGGUUUUUUAGCUCUUACAUCUGCAAGAAUUUUUUUUUAAAUAUUUGUUUCAUACCUGUCAUUUUUGACAUAUGACAUGAAAAUUAUCAAUAAUAAUCUUCUAGAAAAAAUGACGGUCGGUCAUUUCAGUUGGAUAAGCGUUUAGGUAUUAAAAAAACACACUCGCCCCCUAUAAAAAACGUAGCUAUUAUCAGUACAAUACGUCCAACUAUACGUUAUUUAGCUAGUAAAGAUUUUAUUUUAUAUAAAUAUAAUUUUAGAUAUUUUUUUUUAAUUUUAUAUAAUAUAACCUUUUAUACUGAAUAAAAAAUUUUGUAACCGCAA